AACCCCCUCCACGGCUCUGUGCAGCCCUGAUAACCACCCGGUACCGGUCCGGUACCGCUAACCGCUUAAAAAAAUGGAUUUUAAACGGACUGGGCGGAACUGGAAUCAUCCCGGAACGCUAUAAAAGGGCGCGUGGGCUCUACGGUUGUUGUGUUUUUCUCCAUUCGUCUUCUCCCGGUGCGCACGCAGUCCUCCUCAGCCGCGCGUGCCACCUCCGGACUAUAAAAGCUGCCCGCUCCGCUCCACAGCACCUGCUUGUGCUCGCGCCUGUUUUGGAUGUGUGUUUUCAGCCAGCGCGUGGACCGACCGGCAGAACCAUAAGGAAAAGCAGGAGCAGGCCAGCGCGAGCCAGGAGAAGGCAGGCAGCUCGCGGGCGCCCAGCUCAGCUAGCAGCAGCGACCGAACGGUGACUCCUCCGAACCAGAGAUGGUCACGUCCGCACCACGGAUCCCCCUCCUGCUGCUGCUGCUAAUGUGGCUCCAGCACUGCGGUACCGUCCACGGUACGAAGACGGAAUGUGAAGCCAACCAGUUCCAGUGUGGAAACGGCCGCUGCAUCCCGUCUGUUUGGCAAUGUGACAGCGAUGAGGAUUGCACCGACGGCAGCGACGAGAGAUCCUGUGUUCAGAAGACGUGUGCCGAUGCAGACUUCGUGUGCCGCAGCGGUCAGUGCAUCCCGAAGCGCUGGCACUGCGACGGAGAGCCGGACUGCGAGGACGGAUCCGAUGAGAGCGUAGAAAUCUGCCACAUGAGGACGUGUCGCGUUAACGAGUUCAGCUGCGGCCCAGGAACCACGCUUUGCAUCCCCAUCUUCUGGAAAUGUGACGGAGAGAAGGACUGCGACAAAGGAGAGGAUGAAGUCAGCUGUGGUAACGUCACCUGCGCUCUGAACGAGUUCACCUGCGCCAGCGGCCGCUGCAUCUCCAAGAACUUUGUGUGCAACGGCGAGGACGACUGCGGCGACGGCUCAGACGAGGUGGACUGCGCGCCGUCGUCCUGCGCUCCCAACGAGUUCCAGUGUGGGAACGCGUCCUGCAUCCCGGCCAACUGGGUCUGUGACGACGACGUCGACUGUCAGGUGAGAGGAAACGAAGAGGAACAUCAGGUCUGAGGACUGAACGGCCAUUUUCUACUGGUGAUGCUUUUUAGGGAUUUACAGGUGGAGUUCAGGUCAGAAUUAAAAUACUUUAAUUCUCUAAGAACUUUUGUUUCUGAUGGGAAUCAAGAUGGUUGUGUCAAAUAUAAGAAAUGAUUUGAAAC